ACACCUUGGUCUCAGCCUGCAGUGAUAGUUGAGUUGCAUCCUAAGAAAAAGACAAGUCUGCUGAUCAGCAUGGCUAGGAGCACCUACGUUAUCCUGCUCUCAUGCCUGAUGGUCCUGUCUCCAAGCCAAGGCCAGGAGGCUGAAGGAGACCUGCCAUCUGCCAGGAUCAGUUGUCCAGAAGGUUCCAAUGCCUAUGGCUCCCACUGUUACUUCUUCAUGGAAGAUCGUUUAACUUGGUCUGAUGCAGAUCUUUUUUGCCAGAACAUAAAUUCAGGGCACCUGGUUUCAGUGCUCAAUCAGGCUGAGGGCAACUUUGUGGCCUCUCUGAUUAAGGGGAGUGGUACUACAAACGCCUGUGUCUGGACUGGCCUCCACGACCCCAAACAGAAUCGUCGUUGGCAAUGGAGCAGUGGGGCUCUGUUUCUCUACAAAUCCUGGGCAACUGGAUCUCCUAACAGUACCAAUCGUGGCUACUGUGCAUCUCUGACUUCAAACUCAGGAUACAAGAGAUGGAAAGAUGACAAUUGUGAUGCCCAGUACCCAUUUGUCUGCAAGUUCAAAAGCUGAAGUCACCUGAAAUAAAUAGACAUAUGGAGCCAGACUAGAAAAUACUAUGGAGUCAAAAAUUAAACUGGACCAUCUAUCAAAAACAAAUCAAACCCUCUCUUCCUGGGCAGGCAUUUUUACAUCACUGCCCUGUAGCAUCUUUAUCUCCAUUAUUCUCUGGAACCUUGCACAUCUGAAAUAAAAAUACCUUCACAACAUUGCA